CCCCCUCCUGUUUGUUAAAGAGUUGACUGACACAAACUUGUUUUUUGUUGGGGACAGUAAAUUUAUUGAGGAACUGUAAAUCUGGAUGGAAUAAAUUCAGAUUGCAUCAGGACUCCCUCCACUUUCUGGACAGAAGACUCUCUGAAACACCUGCUUUGUUUUCCUUCUUGUUAAAAGGAGAAAAUGUCAAUUUUGUUCUCAAAAAGACUUUCGGGGGGGGUGUUUUCUAGUAUAAAGUGACUGUACAUACAGUGUGUUUACUUCCUGCAUCCCAGGGUAUUUUUCAAGGGGAGGGAGCAGUUUCUGACUGGGAGGAGUUUUUCUUCUCCCAUUUCACAUAAAUCAGAAAAUCAAAAUCAGAUGUUCAUUCUUGAGUGGGAAUCAGAUGGAUUUGGAUUUUUUUUUUUUUUACCCUUUUUUAAACUGGUGUAUGUGAGUGAACUCAGGUGUGUGUAUCUUGGCAUCUGGACCUGUCCAGUAAUAGAAGACAAACUGUUUGACUUGUUUUGGUUGCCUUUUUGGACCCGUUUCUCUGUAGCCUUCCUUUUUUACAUUUGAAGGGCCGGCCAGAGGAAGAAAGCAAAUAUUAAAGACAGUGUUUACAGUUCGUGGUUUAAAGUCAGGAGGGUGAAAAUGAAAGCAGGCUGUAGCAUCGUGGAAAAGCCAGAAGGAGGUGGAGGAUAUCAGUUUCCUGACUGGGCCUACAAAACAGAGUCGUCCCCAGGCUCCCGGCAGAUCCAGCUGUGGCACUUCAUCCUUGAGCUGCUGCAGAAAGAGGAGUUCCGCCAUGUCAUUGCCUGGCAGCAGGGAGAGUACGGGGAAUUUGUCAUCAAGGACCCAGACGAGGUGGCCCGCCUCUGGGGCCGCAGGAAGUGCAAGCCACAGAUGAAUUAUGACAAGCUGAGCCGGGCCCUCAGAUACUAUUACAACAAGAGGAUCCUUCAUAAAACAAAAGGCAAAAGGUUUACUUAUAAAUUUAACUUCAGCAAGCUGGUGAUGCCCAACUACCCAUUCAUCAACAUUCGGUCAAGUGGUGUGGUUCCGCAGAGCGCGCCACCAGUGCCAACAGCUUCCUCCCGCUUCCACUUCCCACCUCUGGACGCCCAUUCGCCAACCAGUGACAUGCAGCCAGGGCGGUUCUCUGCCAGCUCCCUAACCACUUCUGGCCAGGAGUCUUUGAGCGAUGGCACUGACAGAAAGGCGGAGCUUUCGGAGCUGGAGGACGGCUCGGCCGCUGACUGGCGCCGGGGCGUGGAUCUCAUGUCCUCCCGGAAUGCUGUCGGUGGAGGAGGGAUGGGCCAUCAGAAACGCAAGCCUGACAUAAUGCUUCCUCUGUUCACUAGGCCAGGGAUGUACCCUGACCCCCACAGCCCCUUUGCUGUCUCUCCAGUCCCCGGCCGUGGAGGUGUCCUUAAUGUCCCCAUUUCACCAGCCCUGUCUCUGACUCCCACUCUUUUCUCCUAUAGUCCCUCACCAGGCCUGAGCCCCUUCACCAGCAGCAGCUGCUUCUCCUUCAACCCUGAGGAAAUGAAACACUACCUUCAUUCGCAAGCCUGUUCUGUGUUCAACUACCACCUGAGUCCCCGGACUUUUCCCCGUUACCCAGGGCUCAUGGUUCCACCCCUGCAGUGCAAAAUGCAUCCUGAGGAGUCAGCCCAGUUUUCUAUCAAGCUGCAGCCCCCACCAGCUGGGCGGAGGAACCGGGAGAGGGUUGAGAGCAGUGAAGAGUCAGCACCUGUCAGUGCUCCCACCGCGGCCCCUGUCCCCCCAAGAAUUAAGGUGGAGCUUGCCUCUGAGAAGGAUCCCGAGAGCCUCAGGCAGUCUGUCCGAGAGAAGGAGGAGCUCGCUCAAGAAGAGGGUACUGUGCCGGGCAGGACCACGGAAGAGGGGAAAGGCACCAUCUUUGCCCGCCCAGCCACACCACCUGUCUGGCCCUCUGUACCCAGUAGCGCCCCAAGUGAAGAACCCCUGGAGGUGACUGAAGACGGGGAGGACAGGCCUGGCAGAGAGCCCAGUGCGUCUGAGAAGAAGGAAGAUGCUGUGAUGCCCCCCAAGCUCCGAUUGAAGCGGCGCUGGAAUGAUGGCCCGGAAGCCCGAGAGCUGAGUAAGAAUGGCAAGUUCCUCUGGAACGGGUCAGGACCCCGGGGCCUGGCAGCAGCAGCUGCCGAUGCCUAGAACUGGAAGUGGAUUGGAAGCUGUUUAUACUAUAAUCAAAUACAUACAUGUAUUUAUGUAGCAAGAUUUCAGGGUGGCGGGUGGGAGGGAGGGAGGGGCUUAGACUGGUUUGAUCAUUCUAGGGGCAUAGACUUGUAUUUUUAUGUUUGGGGAUGGGACGGGGGUAUCUUCUGUUGUAAAUUAGGUGGGAAAUGAACACUUUCUUCCUGGUUAGUAGGACAUGAGGAGGGUAUUGAACUGCAAGGAGGAGGGGCCUCCAUUUCCUGUGGAGGCCUACACUGUAGGACAAGGAAACUCCUAAAGGGCCAAGAUACUUUUUGGUCCCGUGAUAGUUCAGGUUCCAGACAUCUGUCUUUUCUAUUUAUAUGCGGAAAGCCAUUGAUGAAUUUAUUUUUUCUCUUUUUGCUCUCAGAGACAUACAUAAAAGGGAGGAGGGCAUGGUGGGGAGGGUGAGCCGUGAGAGACCGUUAAUAAGUAUGUUGUCAGAAAUGUUUUGUUUCAGGGGAGGAAUAAGAUAAUCUCUCAGUCUUACUUGGGGGUAGGAAGAGGUUGUUCAAAUGUUGCUUUUUCUCUUUUUCCUUUGUUGUUGUUGGUUGUCAUUUUUUCUUUUCCUUUAAAAAAAAAAAAAAAAUUUUUCAGGAAA